UGGAGGGAGGAAGAAGCGAGGAAAUAGUAGGAGAGAAAAAAGGAGGCACGACGAUCGGGCAAUAAAUAAUACAGGAGAAAAAGGCGAUCGCCUGCAACAUUCUGCUCAAAUGUUAAAUAGGUAUCAAUUUAACGGCGGCCAAUCGGCGAGCGGGUGGGCGGGGCCACGUUGGACAGGAUUGGAGCGCGGCGCGGCGGUGGGCGAUGCCGCGGGUCGGCACGUCGGGUCGCGGCUCGAGUCGCCGCGCAACCGUGGGGUAGGGAUGAAGCGUCUGGUCUCUCCGCUUCCCUCGCAACGUCCCGUCUCUCUCGCCGCGGCCGACCUGGAUUCACGUCCCGACUCGCCACGGAUCCGGAGUUCCCCGUGCGCGGAAAACACGGCCCUUUCGAUCACCACGUGAGCACCUCCUCCGCACUCUCUCUCCUAUCUCGCCGACUUUUCCCCCCUUUUUUUUUCCCGCCCCACCCCCUCGCGUAAAUCUGGCGAUCGAUCGAUCCCUUCCUUCCCUUCUUUUUCCGCUCGUCGGAUCGCGCGACUCUCGAUGGACCAAGGGUGUCGAGAGGAUCGAGGAUCCGGACUGAGAGCGCGCACGGUUCGAUCACCGGCCUCGUGAUAUUUUUUUUUUUCCCCACCGGACGUUGUAUUUCCGAUCGUUCCAUCUCUUCUGCUGGAGGAACGGGGAACAGUGAAACGGAAAGUAGAACGAAAGUAGUGGUAGUCUUGACCGAUUAUUAAACGUGAUCUUGUGCAUGGUUGAGCGAAACUGUUUGUGGGUGGAAACAGUGCCCCGACGGAGUGACGAGUUUGAGAGUAAGGAUUAGAUCGAUCAACGGUAAUCAUGACUCCAAGUUUCUCGUAGAAGAAACAAAUCCACGACAUCGGCGGACAAGAUGGCCGUCAGGCGAAUCGGAUCGCGCGAUAGAUCGAACGCUGGAUGAACGAUGAGAUCCGAAAGCUGAGGGAGCGGAAACUACCUUCCUCGUUCCUCCGCCAUUCGAGCUAUAUAACUAUAUCGAUCUCGAACGAUACGUAUCCCUUAUCAGAGUACGGAUACCUAGCCGACGUAGCAAGAAACUAGCCGGAUGGAUGAGCGCAGGAUGAGCAUCCGAAGCAAUUUCCGGUGAACGAAGAGGAUCGGGAACGAAGAGGACGCAAAUCGAUUCGAUUCGAUCGGAUUGGAUCGGGAGAUGAUGUCGAUUCACGGCGACAGCGACGCGGACGCGACGGAAGAGAUAAACGUGGACGACUCGGACUCGGCCAGCCGCAGCCCCCGCAAUUACGCCAGCGACAACCGCCGCUUGGGCCACUCCGAGUGCUCCGAUUCCCCGCCCCCGAGUCAAACCGGCUCGAGAGCGCUGCACAACGAGUCGCCCCGCAGCCACCCGUUCAGCAUAAGCCGGUUGCUGGGCGAGAAUCGGCCCCCGAACCCCAAGAGCCCCUCCGGGUCCGAGGACCCGGACGCCGAGGACAAGGAGAGGAAGUGGUCGUGGGAGGACAACAACGGCGGCUCGUCCGCCGCGCUGGACGACGGCAGGGGGUCGUGGGGCCACGAGAUCGAGGAGAAACUGUCGGAGAAGGACGACGACGACACCGGAAGCACGGCCGAGACCCAGACCAACUCGGCCUCGUCGCUGCACUGCGCGUCGGCCACCGAUCUGUUGGCGCCGUUCAGACUCUUCCCAACCGGGUCCGGACUGAUAUACACGGGCGGCGGCGUGAUAAGGGUGCCUGCCCAUCGGCCACCCGGCGCCAAUGGGGCUGCGGCCGGCGCCCUGCCGGCACAGGCGUUGAUACCGCCCUGGAGUUUACAGGCCCUUCAGCACAGCCAACAACAGGCGGCGGCGGCGGCCGGCCUUCACAGGGCCAGCUUGUUGGCCAACUUGGCCGCGCAUCCGCUCCAGGGACACCCGCACCUCAAGGACAGGCUGGCAGUAGCCGGAGCGUUUCCAAGGAGGAUCGGGCAUCCUUAUCAGAACAGGACGCCACCGAAGAGAAAGAAGCCGAGGACGAGCUUCACCAGGUUGCAGAUCGCCGAACUGGAGAAACGUUUUCACAAACAAAAGUAUCUGGCGUCGGCCGAGCGGGCGGCGCUCGCUAAAACCUUGAAGAUGACCGACGCCCAAGUGAAAACGUGGUUUCAAAACAGACGAACAAAGUGGAGGAGGCAAACGGCGGAGGAGAGAGAGGCUGAGAGGCAGGCGGCGAAUCGGUUGAUGCUGUCCCUUCAAGCCGAGGCGCUCGGCAAAGUGGCGUACCCGACGACGGUGGCCAGCCAUCCAGCGGGAACCACGGUUCCCAGUCUAGACAGGCAGCAACCACCCACAGCCCUCGCCCAUCCCGUCGGUCAAUGGGCCUCCCCGUACGGCCCGCCGCAACCUCUCGCCGAACCGAUUUGUUGAACGAUUCCCAAACAACACGCUGAAUUGAACA